UACCUUAUUCAUUAAACGAAGAAGUAAAGGCAUUUCGUAGGUUGGCAUGUUUCGUAGGUUGAAUUAUUUAUUUAAAAAUAUUCAAAUUUAUUUAAAGAAUUAACCCACUGUAAUAACUUUAUUAUAACUUCAAUACCAUGAACUAUAAAAAAUAAUAAAUGAAAAUUUACGCUAUCUAUCGGUAUUGGUAGGUAACUUAAAUUUAUGAUAUAAGAAGAGACCUUCUUUUUCGAUGGAUAUAUUUUACUUAAUUUUUGCAUUUAUAGUACAUAAUUGUUUUAUGCAUUGAUUACUAAAUAGAUAAAAUUGUAUCCGGCUAAGAAUAAGAUGCAAUAUAAUUAAUAUUAUUAACGACAAAUUAAAUAGAUUAAUUUUAACAAAUUGAUUAGUUAUAUUUAAUAUAUUCAUCAAUAUAUUCAUUUGAUCGUGCCAUGUUAAUGUUUCACAUUUAAUGAAACGAAGGGAUUUUAAUUUAUAAACUUUUAGAAUAUAAUAAACUUUUAGAAAAAUAACUAUACAUGUACUGUAUAUAUCUUUCGUGCAAUCUUUCAUUCAUAUUACGUUUUAUUGAUCAUUAAUAGUCUGUAUACGAUCACAUACAGACACAUUUAGGUUAUAUGUUUAUAGUGUCAGAAUGUUUGUGUCAAAAGUUAUACGUAAUACUGUCAAUAAAAAUAAUAUUUUUUAUCGUAAUUUAAAAGAAAGACGAAAAUUAUAUUCUUGUUCUACGGAUAAAGUUACAAUUAAUUCUGCUAUUUCAUCGAAUAUUUUGCAAUAUUCUAGCGACAGUCCCUCAAAGUGUUGGAAUUGUAAUUUUGCAUACAAAUCAGAAUUAUUUUGUUCACAAUGUAAGACUCUUCAAGAAAUGCCAGAGAAUUUGAAUUAUUUCGACAUUCUUGGUAUCAAACUGAAUUAUAAUGUUAACAACGAAGAAAUUCAUGAAAAAUACAGACAGUUGCAAAAAAUGUUGCAUCCUGAUAAAUUUGGUAAUAAAAUGGAGAGAGAAAAGCAAAUUUCAGAAGCAUUAUCCUCUUUAUUAAAUAAAGCAUAUAGUACGCUAACGCAUCCAUUGAAAAGGGGAUUAUAUAUGCUUCAAUUAAAAGGUAUAACAAUUCCUGAAGGAACGACAAGUAUGAAUCCUGAAUUUUUAAUGGAAAUAAUGGAAAGAAAUGAGGAAGUAGAAUCAGCUUCGAAUGAUAAAGAAAAAGUCAUUCGAUUAAUGGAAGAAAACAAAAUAAUAUUGCAAAAACUUUCCAAGAAAGUAGCAGAUGCUUUUUCUAAUAAUAACACGGAACAAGCAAAAGAAUUUCUUAUGAAAAUGAAAUAUUAUACCAGUAUUGAAAAUAGAUUAAAAGCACUCAAACAAGAUAUAGGUAUUGUAGAUUAAAUUUACUUAAAUAUACAUGCCAAAUAUGUAAUUUAUGAUGCAUAUGUGUUUGUGUAUAUAUAUAUAUAUAUGUAUGUAUAUAUAUACAUAUAUACAUAUAUGAACUCUUAUAUAUAAAUAGCAAAAUUUGUAUAUGAUAUAGAUCU